GCUGUGAGCACUUGAUCGCGGAAGUGGUCCAGCCUCCGCCGGCGGGCGCGGGGUCCCCGGAGGACCGGCUUGCCCAGCAGCCGGUGGCCGGGAUGGUGCACUUGUACAACCUGCACCCAUUCGGGUCGCAGCAGGUGGUGCCCUGCAAGCUAGAGCCCGAGCGGUUCUGCGGCGGGGGCCCCGAUGCGCUGUUCGUGGCGGCAGGCUGCAAGGUGGAGGCGUUCGCGGUGGCCGGCCAGGAGCUGUGCCAGCCUAGGUGCGCCUUUUCCACGCUGGGCCGGGUGCUGCACCUGGCCUACAGCGCAGCUGGAGACUAUUUGGUAGCAAUUGAAGAGAAAAACAAAGCUACAUUUCUACGUGCUUAUGUGAACUGGAGAAGUAAGAGGACUGAAAACUCUCGAGUGUGCAUCCGAAUGGUUGGACAUAAUGUGGAGGCACCCUUCCGAGAAACCUUCAGGGACCAGAUGUCUAUUGUUGAAAUGCCACUUUCUGAGGCCCCCUUGUGCAUAUCCUGUUGUCCUGUGAGAGGAGACCUUCUUGUUGGCUGUACAAAUAAGUUAGUCUUAUUUAGUUUGAAGUAUCAGGUGAUUAAUGAAGAAUUCUCAAUAUUGGAUUUUGAACGUUCUUUAAUUAUACACAUACAUAAUAUUACUCCUGUUGAAAUAUCUUUCUGUGUUGGAUAUGUGGCUAUCAUGUCAGACCUGGAAGUCUUAAUCCUAAAACUGGAAUCAAACCCUAAAAAUGGAGAGAGUGUUCACUACCAUCCACAUAAUACCAACAGUCCGGUGAAAGAGGCAGAAGGCAUCAGUAAUGAAACUUUGCAGCUUGAGUCAGAUGAUUUUGUUAUCUGCCAAAAGCCCAUGGAACUUCUUGGUGAAAAAAGUGAACAGUCUGGAGUAUCUGUUACACUGGAGUCAACAGGAAUAGAUGAUGAAAAAAUGAAAAAUUUCCAUGUGCAGUAUCUGCUCUAUAGACGUUUUGCUCCUGACAUUUCGUCCUUUGCCUUGUCUGAUGACAUUAAGUUGCAUUCACUUCAGCUGCUGCCCAUUUACCAAACAGGUUCUCCUACUUCUGAGAGAAUAAAUUUGUCUCAGGAAAAAGAAUUGCUGAGUCUCUUCUGUUUUUUCUCAUUACCUCACGUGGGUUACCUCUACUUGGUGGUCAAAUCGGUUGAAUUAAUGUCAAUUUACCAAUACUCUGAGAAGUGUCACCAGGCAGUGCUCACCCCACAAUUUUUGCAUGUCAUCACAAGUAACAACCUGCAGUGUUUCACAGUGCGGUGCAGUGCGGCGGCAGCUCGUGAGGAGGACCCAUACGUGGACUCCACCCUGAAGGCUUGCCCACCUGUCAGUAUGGAUGUCUGUGCUUUAAGAAUUCAGCUUUUCAUAGGCUUGAAAGCCAUCUGUCACUUUAAAAACCACAUUGUGCUUUUGACCAAAGCGGACCCUGAGGCCAUUCCAGAGAGGAGAGAUUCACCCAAGAGGCUCCUUUCUAGAAAAGGUACCAGUCUUAAGCCGAAAACACCUCCUGUCGCUGAGGCUGGGUGGAAUUUGUAUAUUGUGAAUACGACCUCACCAGUGCAACUAUUCAGAGAAAUGGUAGACUACAGUAAUACCUACAGGACUACAAAAACCCAGAGCUGCAUCCACCUUCUUAGCGAGGCUCAUCUGUUAGUGAGAGCUGCUCUGCUGGAUGCCGGUCAGCUGGGACCUGGAGAAAAAGCGGAGCUUUUAGAAGCAUUUAAAGAAAGCUGUGGGCACCUUGGAGACUGCUACAGCAGGCUUGACACCCAGCAGUCCCACCUUGCCUUGCCCUACUAUAAGAUGUCUGGUUUAUCUAUGGCUGACGUUUUGGCUCGAGUGGACUGGGCAGAAGAGGAUGGAACACAGAAAUAUGAGCGGGGACUAAUCUUUUACAUUAGUCAUUCACUUUAUGAAAACCUGGAUGAAGAAUUAAGUGAAGAAUUAGCAGUAAAAGUGGUUAAGAUGUUUCAUGUGGCUGAGCCAAAGCAACUACCCCAUGUUCUCUGUAGUCCUUCUAUGAAGAAUAUUAAUCCUUUAACUGCCAUGAACUAUCUGAGGAAACUGGAUACUUCUGGGUUUUCAUCAGUCUUAGUGACAUUGACCAAGGCAGCAAUGGCUCUGAAAAUGGGAGAUCUUGACACGUACAGAAAUGAAAUGCAAAGCCAUUCAGAGAUGAAGUUGGUUUAUGGAUUUACUCUUGAACCUCGGCUAUUGAUUCAACAAAAGGGACAGAUUUUUCCAACUGAGCUUGCAGUUCACCUGAAGGAGACUCAGCCUGGAUUGCUUGUGGCUUCAGUCCUGAGCUUACAGAAGAACAACAAAAUUGGAAUCGAAGAAGCAGAUUCCUUCUUUAAGGUGCUUUGUGGUAAGGAUGGAGAUACGAUUCCUCAGCUCUUAGUAGACUUUUGGGAAGCUCAGAUGGUAGCGUGUCUCCCAGAUGUGCUACUGCAGGAACUCUUUUUCAAGCUCACAUCACAGUACAUCUGGAGAUUAUCAAAGAGGCAGCCCCCUGACACCGUACCAUUGCGAACAUCAAAGGAUCUGAUAAAUGCCUGUAGUCAUUAUGGCUUAAUCUAUCCAUGGGUUAAUGUCUUAAUAUCAUCUGAUUCCUUAGCUGACAAAAAUUAUACAGAAGAUCUCUCCAAAUUACAGUCUCUUAUGUGUGGUCCUUCAUUUGACAUAGCUUCCAUUGUUUCGUUCCUGGAACCACUCUCAGAAGACACUGUUGCUGGCCUCAGCAUCCAGGUUCUGUGUCGUACGCGUCUGAAAGAGUAUGAGCAGUGCAUAGACACACUGCUAGAGAGGUGCCCGGAGGCCGUUAUUCCAUAUGCUAAUCAUGAACUGAAAGAAGGGAAUCGGACUUUGUGGUGGAAAAAACUGCUGCCUGAACUUUGUCACAGAAUAAAAUGCAGUGGAGAGAAAUAUCAACUGUACCUGUCAUUGUUAAAAGAAACACUCUCAGUUGUUGCUGUGGAACUAGAACUACGGGAUUUCUUGAAUGUCCUUCCAGAAGAUGGCGCUGCAGCAUUUUUCUUGCCUUAUCUUCUAUACUGCAGCCGAAAGAAAUCAUUGACAUGAAGGGAUCAUUUGAAACUCAGCAAAAUAGAGUAUGAGACUGAAUUUUUAAAAAUUGAAUGCAAGGUAAAAAUAAAGGAUUUUCACAUUGAAUAUGUACAUAUAUUUCAGAUGCUUUCAGGUUGCUUAUCCUUGCAAUGGUAUUUCAUAAUUUAUUACCUGAAUGCACUUAAUUGCCCAGAAUGUAAAAAAGCUACAAGCUGUAAGAAUUUCCUCAAAGAAGGCAUAUAUUUUUAAAGGCAGAAACUGACUUUUAUUUCAAGGAACAUCAAUUUACUGUUGUUGGAGACAUGACAAUCUUUUUCAUCCCGGAAACACAGAGAACAAUUUUGCCAGUAUUUAUGAAACAAUGUCACUCCAAGUAGUCCGGAAUUUAAUCUUCUUGAUUUUUCCAGUUUUUCCUAUUCAGUCACUUUUUAAAACAAAUUUCACACAAAACAUUUCAAACUUUAUUUUUUUUGUUACUUUUAAAACUCAUGCUGCAUUUGUCUCUGAAUCAAAGAAAGUUACAAAGUAACUUUCUUGUCUGACUAUUAACAUGAUCUGUUUGAAUGGAUGUUUUUCAGCCAAAACAUUAUUUCCAUUUUUGUACAUGUGUACUCU